UCAUCACUGGAAAGCAGGGAUGAGGGGUAGUACCAUACUUAUCGUUGUGUUAGUUGCCCUCCUCUUUACCGACUCUUGUCAGCAGCAGCUGGAUCCCCACUUGUACCACCGUUCUUGUCCUCAGGCGCAGCCGAUUGUGUUCUCCAUCGUCGACAAAUCGCACCACCAUGACACCCGCCUGGCUGCAUCCCUUCUCCGGCUCGAGUUCCACGACUGCUUCAUCCAGGGAUGCGACGCGACGGUCCUGGGCGCGUCGUGGGUGGUGAGGGAGAAGCAGCUCGUACCGAGCAAGGAGUCGACGAGAGGGUUAGAGAUGAUUGACGAGAUCAAGGCUGCGUUGGAGGUCCUGUGCCCCCCCUCCGUCUCCUGCUGCGCAGACGUCGUCGCCCUCGCCCUCGUCGCGCGAAGCUCCACCACCAUGAGCAUCGACGUCCGUCUCUCCAUCAGCAUGGCUGCGCCCGUUCCAACGCCCAACCCCGAUGGUUUUGGGAAGGGAGUGCCCCAUUGGGUAAUUUAUGUCGGCGUAGCUACGGGAUUGAUCAUCAUGUACAUCGGUGUGGAUGUUACUUUCCGCUACCUGGAGAAAUCGGCGAGGAAAAGAGGAGACCACGCGGCUGCAAAGGGGUACGAACAGAAGCGGAAGGCAUGGGAAUUCAUGUAUCAUGCCUCCCUUGCAGCAUGUCGCGCCACUCCAUAUGUGGUGAAGUGUUUCGAGUAA